CAGGCCCCGCCCCGGCCCGGCUCGCGCGGGCUCUCGCGAGGCUUGAGGCCGCGGGGCAGGCCCGGGCGGCUGCAAUAUGGCGGAGGCGGAAGGGGAGAGUCUGGAGUCCUGGCUGAAUAAAGCUACCAACCCUUCCAACCGCCAGGAGGACUGGGAGUACAUAAUUGGCUUUUGUGAUCAGAUCAACAAAGAACUUGAAGGGCCACAGAUCGCUGUCCGACUGCUGGCCCAUAAGAUCCACUCUCCACAGGAAUGGGAGGCGGUCCAAGCCCUGAUGGUGCUGGAGGCCUGCAUGAAGAACUGCGGGAGGAGAUUUCAUAACGAAGUCGGGAAGUUCCGCUUCUUAAACGAGUUGAUCAAAGUUGUCUCUCCAAAGUACCUGGGAGACAGAGUGUCUGAGAAAGUGAAGACCAAGGUUAUCGAGCUGCUAUACAGCUGGACUUUGGCCCUGCCGGAGGAGUCAAAGAUCAAGGAUGCCUACCACAUGCUGAAGAGGCAGGGCAUAGUGCACUCUGACCCGCCCAUCCCCAUGGACUGGACACUGAUCCCCUCUCCACCACCUCGCCCCAAAAACCCUGUUUUUGAUGAUGAGGAGAAAUCCAAGCUUUUAGCCAAGUUGCUGAAAAGCAAAAACCCAGAUGACCUGCAAGAGGCCAACAAGCUCAUCAAGUCUAUGGUCAAGGAGGAUGAGGCGCGGAUCCAGAAGAUGACCAGGCGUCAACACACGCUCGAGGAAGUCAGCAACAACGUCAAGCUGCUCCAGGAGAUGCUGCUGCAUUACAAUAGAGAGGAGUCUUCCGAGGCGGACAGAGAGCUGAUGAAGGAACUGUUCGAUCAAUGUGAGAACAAGAGGCGGAUGUUAUUCAAAUUAGCCAGCGAGACUGAGGACAAUGACAACAGUUUGGGUAACAUCCUGGAGGCCAGUGACCAGCUCUCCCGGGUCAUCAACUCUUACAAAGCGACUGUCGAAGGCCAGGUUGUCAACGGCGAGGUCGGCACCUUGGCCGUGGCUGACUCGGAAGGGAACCAGCACCCCAGUAAUCAAGGCACACUCAUCGACCUUGCUGAACUGGACACACCCAGCAACACUUCCCCAGUAUUGGACCCUGCACCAGCCCCCCUGGGCAUCCCUAUCCUCCCUCCACCCCCUCAGCCCUCCGGACCACAGCGCAGUCGCUCUUCCAGCCAGACGGAGGCCCCGCCCGGGCCCGCCAGCACUAGCCUCUCCCUGCUAGAUGAAGAGCUGCUGUGCUUGGGCCUUACUGACCCAGCCCCCAGCGUUCCUCCCAAAGAGGCAGCUGGAAACAGCCAGUGGCCCCCUUUGCAGAACGAGCAGUCAGACCUGGACUUCUUUGGGGCCGCUGCCUACAGCCCCUCCAACAGGCCUCUCCUGCAGCCCUCCACACCUUCCUCAGGCGCCACCCAAGCUCCACUGCCAUCCCCGUUCCCAGCACCUGCACUCCUUGCCAGCGCUCCUGCCCCCAACGCAGGCUCCUUGUUCCCUACGGGACUGGCGGCAGCCAAGGCUGAACCCACAGCCCCUGGAUACCAUAGCUCAGCUCUGGGCAACAGCAGCCUGCACCAGCUGGAUGCCCUGGAUCAGCUCCUGGGAGAAGCCAAAGCGACUUCAGGCUUGGGGAAGCCCAGCUCCUCCAGCUUCUUCCCUGCAGCCACCUCUGUGAGGCCUCACCUGCCCUUCCCUGCAGGGCCUGAGAGCCCGCUCUUCCAGUCUCACAGCAGUCCUCGAAAAGGGCCUGAGCUCUCCCUGGCCAGCGUCCAUGUACCCCUGGAAUCUAUCAAGCCUAGCAGUGCCCUUCCUGUGACAGCCUAUGAUAAAAAUGGCUUCCGCAUCCUCUUCCACUUUGCCAAGGAGUGUCCGCCCGGACGGCCCGAUGUGCUGGUGGUGGUGGUGUCCAUGCUGAACACAGCCCCCUUGCCCAUCAGGAGCAUCGUCCUGCAAGCCGCAGUGCCCAAGUCAAUGAAAGUGAAGCUGCAGCCCCCCUCUGGGACAGAGCUGUCGCCAUUUAGUCCCAUCCAGCCACCUGCAGCCAUCACCCAGGUCAUGCUGCUGGCCAACCCGCUCAAGGAGAAGGCGAGGCUUCGGUAUAAGUUGACCUUCACUCUGGGGGAAGAGCUGAGCACGGAGGUGGGCGAGGUGGACCAGUUCCCUCCUGUGGAGCAGUGGGGAAACCUAUGACCCCAGAGGAUGCGGUCAUCUCCACCUUGCAGCCAAGGCAGGCUGCCCCGAGCCAGAGGGCUCUGGGCCCAGCCAUGCUCCAUGUCCUGACUACAGUGCUUACAAGCUUUGAUGCGGAACAAGGGGCCCUGGGCUUGCUGCCAAGUCAAACCUGCUUUGAGACUCCUCCUCUGGCCCUAAAGGGCCUGGUUUUAGCUACCUGUGUGACCUGAACUGGCCAUGUACAUCAGGUGGGGAGUGGCCCCAGCACUACUGUCCUGGGAGCAUGGACCCAAAGCUGGAAUCAUGUUUUGCCCUCAUGCUGGAGCCCCCGAUGCCACAAGAGGGGUAAGAUCUCAAGACUUGGGGCCUCACAAUCCAUGGGGCCCUGCUUUAGUGGCAUCAGCCCCUGUCACUGCUCUGCCUCCCCAGCUGCAGGCUCUGGCUCCUGCCUGCAGUGAGGUGGGCAGAUGAACGGUAGGGCCUGGGCAACAGGAAGGAGCGGUCUGCUGCUGAACCGCCAGCCUUGCCUUUCGUGGGCAACGUCAUCCUAGACCAGCUGCUGCAUGAGUGUGUGCUCGUCCCUGGCAGCUGUGUCCUAUGGACAUCUCAGUAGGACAUGGAAACGUGGCCUAUUAGAAACUGAACCUGGCCUCGUGGCAGCCUAAACUGGGGAUAGGAAGAAAAGUGAAGAGAAUCAGUCUAUUCCCUCCAGAAGCAGGUACCUCCUGCCAUGGGAGCAGGCAUCCUACUCACUACCUCUUGCUUGGCAUGAAAUAAACUUGUAUCCUGCCCUUUGUCUCUAAAGGGGAGAACGCCUGCCACCUCUGUGCACAGGCCCCACCCCCAUGGUGCGGCACACCUGCAGCCAGGCACCUCACCCUCAUCUGCCACCCAGAAGCCCCUGGAAGUCCCUAGUGCUGGGCGGCACUGCGCAAGAUGCUGGGUCUGGAGGUGGUGAGAUUGGGGCCUGUGCUUGAUGGAGUCACCAGACCCUAUUGCUUCAACAGUGUCUGUCCCAGUAUGCACCUGGGGCCACAGAACCCCUCCCAGGGAGUCAGUGUCCUGCCAAGGUUCCCGACUUUCACCCCACCGCUCUCCUGUCUGUAGCAAGCAGGUUUCAGUGCUUUAUCUGAACUGGGCAAGAGUGGGUCACUCGAUUUCACUAAGGAAUCAAUGUAAAACUGUUCCCCAGACAGGCUGCUGUGGCCCUGGAAAGUUUGUGGGAAACUAGGUAGAAAUAUUCUUUAUGAUAGGAUUUAGACAUUAAAAUUAUUUGACUCCAGUUCACCGCUACAGGUCACUGCUUCAUGACAAACGGCUGUACUGGAGAUAGCAACUGUGCUGCCCUUGUUUUGCUGCAUGUUAAAAUAAAACCAUUUAGCCCUACCUGGAAUCCUUCUGAUAGGCACCAUUUACUCCGAUGGGGGAAGAUGCCAGAACUCCAGAAAGAAGAGGUUCCUAGACCUCCCUUUUCAAAGGAGAGAGCCAGAAACAGGUUUCCAGAGGAUUCUAAGACAGGCCAGAUUUCAGGACAAGUAAACCACUGAGG